AUGCAAGCGAGAAGAUGGCAUUGACUGACAUUCCUCUGGCAGACAUCGCAGCACGUGUGGAAUUUCUGCACGAUCAUUCUGGAUGAGAGUCUCUGAACUUGGUGGCCGACGUCGUUAUACCAGAUCAUCGCAUUCUGCAAUCAGGCGAUGCGACAUGACGCCAACUCGCUCAUCGUUGACUGAACGGUGAUGUUCUUGCCGUCGUCAAGGGAUCAAAAUCAGUGCCCUUGCCGAACAACUCGCCAUGCCCUCUCUGAACCAUCGCUCGAGGGGAUCCUUGGGUACGACGAACACGGGGGCCGCUUUGCGCAGAGGCGAUCUGAAAAUCUCCGACCCCAUCCCUUUCACUGAUUCACGAGACAUGUUUCCUCAGCCAACUCCAGCCAUGUCAUCUGCAUACGACCUCGCUCCCCUACCGAACGAGACUACCUGGCCACGCAGAACCUCUCCUCCACAGGAGUACCAUGUUCGCCAUACCAGCGAUGCACCGGUCAACGCCGCGGUUCGCAACUCCGCGGGCCCGUCUCUCAUUCCCAGCUCCAUGUCCUCCAUACCUUCCAAGGGCUCUUUGACGCAGAAGAAGCCUGGAGGACUUCGAGCGACACUGAAACGGAUGUUCACCAGUAAACGACAUAGGUCUGCACCUGUGGAGACCAAUCACUAUGCACACAGCGAUCCAUACCAUCUCCGGCCCGUGACCGAGCAACAGAAUCAACCGCGGGAAGAUCCACCACCUCCGAUGGUGCCCGUCAGAGCAGACACUGCACUUGGAUCGCAUUCGUCUAAUCACCGCCCGUCAGAGAGCGUCCAAAGCAUACCCCAUCCAACACGGCACGCGCGCCGCAAUACACUGCCAACCCUGGUCUUCGAUGAUCGGGAAAUGAGAUUCGCACCAGCUAUGGGCAAGUCGCCGAAUGGAGAUGCAUACCAUGAAGGGAAGUGGGUCAAAGAGGACUACGUCUCUGAUGGCCAAUUGAAACGUCGUUCUAGGAGUGCGGAUGCGCUUCACAAACUGCUGCGGUCAGAAGGUGUCGAGUCCAUCUCUUCUCGCGAUCGCGAAAGUGAGAUUGCAUAUUGGCGUAACAGUGCCACGCAGAAUCCGGUUCCUGUUUAUAGUGGACAAUCAAUAUCCGUCGACCCGGCACACGUUCUCGGCCGGGUCAGCUCGGUAGAAGAGUCUGAGCGAGAUUCUGCGAGGCCGGACCCAAUGCAUGCGUUCGACUUCGGCCUCGAGGUGGACCGGGAUAAAACAGGCCUGGAGCAGAGAGUCAACACCUUGGAGAUCAAGCUGUUCGAUUUCGAGUACGCCAUUGCACGACUACAAGGCAACAACAUCCCAAAACCUAACCUACCUUAUACCCGCGGCUCGGUACACGAUGUCUUCCCGGACAACAACACGAACCCAACGUUGACUUCACCUCCGUCUCUGGAGACCAGCUAUCUCGCCUCUCCAGCCACCGUCAACGACGUCAGCUUCUUGUCCUCUCCAGGAGAAUCUCCGCGGUUCGCUUCUCCCGACGAGGAUUUCUUUCGUCCUCAACGAGCCAGCAAGGCGACAACUGCCACCAUCAGACCUUCUACGACGAGACGCCAGUCACCAGGACGCUCUCGGGAUUGUUCGCCGACAUCUAUUCAUAUUCCUGUCGAGAAGUUUGAGGCUCUACUGGAUUUGAUGAAAGAAGAGAAAGACGCUCGCAUCAGGCUAGAAGCACAAGUCAUGGAACUACAAAAAGAAGUGGCCAGCUUGCAAACUCCAGUCUAUGCCACGAUCAGAGAAGCUUAUCCAACUCCCAGUCCCGAAUCAACACACACGAGCCCUGCCACGCCUCGAGCGCUGCAUCGGACACAGGGUUUCCAACUAAAAUAUCCACCUCCCGAUGUAUCGCGAUUCAGCGAAACAGACCCAGAUUCGGACGCUGAGGAAGGAUUCCAAGAUGUAUACGAGACCCCACGUGAAGAGAGAAACACUUUUGAGACUGCUCGAGACUCACCACGGCUGGCCGUGUGAGGCUAUUGCUCGCAUGCGUAACGUUUUUGGAUACGAACAAACUUGGCAAACUGU